UGUUUUCAAAUUUAUAAAUUGAAAUAAUCAACACAACACGUUUAAUUAAUCACUUAUAUAUAUAUAACCCCCCAACUUCUCCACUUCCCCUCGUUCUUGUUCACGUUCACAAAGAUCCAUUCAAGAAGAAAGAAAAUAUGGCAGAUGAUGAAGGUUGUGAAUGCAGGCCAUUGGGUUUUUUGCUUGGAUUACCUUUUGCUCUCUUGGCUUUGAUUUUAUCUCUUGUUGGUGCAGUUAUCUGGAUUUUUGGAUCUAUAUUGAGUUGUUUGUGCCCAUGUUGCAUUUGCUGCGCUGGAUUGGCAAAUUUGGCUGUGGGUCUUGUAAAGCUUCCAGUUCGUGUUCUAAAGUGGUUUACUCGACAAAUUCCUUGUUAGAGAUGAAGAUCCCUUCAUAGUUUACGAUAUUGACUCGUUUUGUACAAGUUUUAACCUUUUUGUUUUCUUUGAAUUUGCUUAUUUGUAUCAUGAUUAAUCGGUUUAAUUAUGAUAUAUUCAACCGUUUGUCUAUAUAUUUUGAUUAUUUCUUCCUUUUUUUGGUGAA